AUGCCAGAUAAUCGACCCCAGGAAUUAGACCAAAUAAUCAGACCAAAAUGCAGGGUUGUGCACUUUCCUUUGAUGGAACCUGAAAUAGGUACAGCAGAAUACAAAGGUGAGCAAUAUAAGAAGCUUUUAACCUAUUAAUCUUAACCAUUGCAAUUUCCUAAAAUUUGAUUGGUGAAUCAGCUGCUUAACUUUUUUCACUAAUCAUUCUGUAAGGUUGUAAUUGGACAAUGAGAAUUGUAAUAAGACGUUUGGCUGCAAUCAGACACCUGUAAUAGGACAGCUGAAGCAGCCAAUCAUACUAAGUUCUUUCAGUCCAAUGUACCAAUCACAGAAUUGAUCACAAUAAUCACAGCAACAGCCACUUAUCCUAAAAAAAAACUGUGGAAUUUUUUACUCUAGACAUUCUCUCUCCACUGGAGAUAUUUGUCCUUAAUGUAUUUUGUUGUUUUUGGAAAUUGUGAGGGUCAUGAUUUAUUGGCAGUAGGACUUUGGUUCGUCCAAUUCAGACGAAUCAACUAAGGCUUCACAGUAGUUAGAUUUUGUUUAUCACUUGUAUGAUUACUGAUCAUAUUGGACUCCGCUCAGUCCUAUUACCGUUAUUUACCCCUAUAAGUGAUUUAAACAUCCGAUGUCUCCCAACGGUAUCACCCCUACAUCAAACAUCAAGGUCUUAAGGUAGCUCUUGAUUGUUAAACAAAUUCUCCUUGUCAGCACCUUAGGAAAUGUGUAGAGAACAGUAUGGAGAAUAUGUAUACUGAUGUUAGGGUGUAAAGGGUUAAAUAAAAAAUAUUGCUUGGAGAAAUAACAUGAUUUGGAUAGAUAAUGAGGUACCUUGUAAGUGGCUGUUUACAGUUCUUAGUUUUUUUACAUUCUACACAUCAAGGUGUAUGGUGUAUUCUUCAGUGUACAUUUAGCUUUGAAAUAACUCCUCCUAUGUACUGUCCCAUAAAACUGAAAAUUUGUGUUGUAGUGAAUAACAUAAGGAUUACAUGUAGGUCAUAUUUUCCCACUGCAAUGUACAUGACUAACUCUAAACCCCCUUACUUCUAUUAUGUUAAGGUCAAUUGUCCUUGAUAUCUACAAAACCUUACUUGUCAUGUCAGCUCUCUUUACCAAUCCCUAUUUAGACAAGGUACUUUUAAGCAAGGAGAUAUUUUGUCUUUAACAUCAUCACCUUUUGUUGGACAGUGUAUGGAUAUUAUAGGGACAAAUUACUUCUUAGUUGUGCCUUGGCAUGAAAGAUUUAAUUCACACCAUGUAAGUACUCUGUAUCUCUUACUUGAAUCUACAAAUGGAUACUUAAUGACAUAACAGCAUUCUUUUGGACAAAACUUUAGAUGCUAAAGAUGAAAAACUUGAUCAGCCAGUGGACUCAACAGUGUCAAGACCUUUGCAUAUUGUUUGGGCUCACAGAUGGUAGGUUUAUGUCAAUAGAUUUUUACCUGGUCUUUCCUUAAAGGUAGAGAAUGUCAUAACCUUAAUUUUACUGCUCAUUAAAACUCAGGUUUUAACCUUUUAGACCCUAAAAUCAUAAUGCAUAUUCUCCAUACUGUUCUUUACACAUUUCCUAAGGUGCUGACAAGGAGAAUUUGUUUACUGAUCAAAAGCUUCUUUUAUUGGGUACUAUUUCCUUCAUUCUCAUGACCUUAAUGUGUAAUUCAGGGGUGAUAUUGUAGGAGAAAUUAGAUUUUAGUCACUCUUUUGGGUUUGAAGGGUUAAACAAGAGCCCAUUAGUAGCAGUCUAGUGCUGCCUAUAGGACCUCUCACUGCCUCUGUUUAGGCUCUCAUGUUUGGGUUUUGCCUUACAUCACAGUGACCUAUUGUGCCAAUUUGGUACAUGUAAUUGCCUAUAGAAGAAAAUUACUGAAAUAUUGAGUGUUCAUCUGCAUGUACUCUGAAUUUUCAAAUUACAAAAUGUUGUGGGGGUAUAGACAGAUAAUAUGUUGAAUCAGUAGUUCAGUACUCAGAAAUACUUUUGAAGUACCAAUGUGUGCACUGUGUCCUCUACAUAUCUGUGGUGGCUAUAUUCGUUCUCAUUGCAAGUGAAACUGCAAAUAGGCUGUAUGCAUUGAUGUUUUUUUCUAGGUGUUCCUACAUGUAUUACUAUACCAAACUUUGGGUAGCUAGAUUUAAUUAACAAAACUACUUAAAGUAUUAGAGUCUCUAUGGAUCUUAAUUUACAUCUGAAUUAGAUAACCAUAUUAACUAGUUAAAAGGUAGCUGAUUGGUUAAAUUUGUACAAACCAGUUCAUACCAGAUUCUUUUUUGGUGUUCCAAAAAGUUUUAGCUAGUGUUAUUUUUGGCUGCUUUGUACAAAGAUAUGGGUAGGAAUAACAAAAUCAUAAUAUACAGAGCACCUAGGGGUCAAAAAGCAAAUCUUGUAAUCCAGUAUUACUGUACAUUUAUUUUGACUUCUUGUACUAAAAAAAUGUUAUACCAAGCACACUUCUUAACACUAGCUAUAAAGGCCAGUGUACAAGUUGGAUUUAUUUAGUUUGUUUUAGUUAUUGUUUUUAUUGGUGUUAUUAGGGAACAUGACAAAGGUCCUGAGUUGUUCUUUCGCACCCUGUAUCAGUUGGCUGAGCAAGGAUUGGAUUUCAAGGUUUCUGUAUUAGGAGAAACAUUCUCUGAAGCUCCAGGUAUUUGUGUCACAAUAGUACACUGCACCCAAUCCAUAUCAGUGGGUGAACAUACAUGUAUGACUCAGUCGUUGUGAGAAGGUGGUAGUUGGCAGAAACCUUCCCAUUAUCAGACCAGACCUGCUCAAAGCAGAAAAUAAGUAUUUUUCAACAUUUUCUAACAUCAAUGUUUUGCAAAAAAAAGUUACCCAGAAUGCUGGUCCCCCAGAAUGCUUAGUGUCCCAGAAUGCUCCGUGUCCCGGAAUGCUAGAAAUCACAACUCAAAGUUUGAAUUUGUCCUUGGGCCUCCAGGACUAGAAAGGGCCUGUUGCUACGUUAGAGUAAUUCAAGUCAGCCAACUAAUCAGUUCAGAUCAUGCAUUUAUUACAUAUUCUAAUGAAAGCCCUGUAAGUGGACAUGACUCGUUAGUGAGUUGAUUACCUCUACAAUUUGAGGAUGAGCAGGUAGGGUAAGAGGAACCCCUCAUCUGUCUGUCAUUGGUUGAACAGUGUUUUCCAUACACUGAGAGACUUCAGGCUUGAGGCUGUGUGCUAUAGAUUGUCUUUGAGAUUUUAUCCAUUCUAGGCCCCACCUAGCUUGAGCUAUUGAUGAAUAUGCUGGCUUAGAACAGGAGAUCAAAAUCUGAAAAAUUUAAAAGCUAUGGGUACUCGUGAAACACUCAGAAUUGUCUUGAGAAAGGGAUAAACAUUUUGUUGGAACUUAUUAUUAUAAUUUAUAUGCCAUCCCUAUCAUAACACACCAGGUAUUUUUGAGGAAGCUUGUAGACGAAUCCAUGAUCAUAUUCUUCACUGGGGUUAUCAGGAAUCUCGCAAGGUAUAUAUCUCCAUACUGAAGGCUGCUGAUGUAGCAGUGUCCACUGCAGAACAUGAAUUUUUCGGUGUAUCGAUGUAAGUUUCUAUGAAUUGAAUAUGUUGUUGUAGUUGUAGUUGUUGUUUUGAGACUAACUGUAAUUUAAGCAAGGUUAAACCCAAAUCAAUUCAGGGCUUUCACUGACGUGAUAUGGAGAAGCUCCAGGGAGGUUUGAAAAGGGAUUGCCAUGUGCUUUUUUACAAGUUGCUGAGCUGCUUUGCUUGCUCUAUGUCCCUCCCCUCCCCUCCCCUCCCCUUUAUAGAAUUAAAAACAACUCUUUACUCCCUAUCAUCAGUGUGCAAGUUCUCCUUACUGAUCUCUACAGAUUUCUUAUAAUACUUACGAGGAGAAGUUGUCCAACAAUCAAGAGCCUCUUGAGUUCACGAUCAUUACCUUUAUUCUCAUGGCCUUAACGUUUGAUUCAGGGGUGAUAUUGUUGGGAAAAAUAAGAUGCCCAUCACUCUUAGGGAAAAAAUUUAAAUAGGGUUUCAUGCGAGUAAUACAGUCAAUUGUGGCUGCCGUGUCGUUCUAACAUUUGUGUUCGAUGAAUACAGUUUCAUUUUACCGUAAAAAUGCGAGGAAAAAUUCGGGAUCAGAGCCAGUAUCCACGUAAUCUGGACUCCGCUUUUUCCAGGUUUCAUUGUGCCCACCAUUCAGUGUUAUGGUUCGUCCUGAUACUGAACACUACUGUUUCCAAAUUCCUCUCUAUCUGCGUUCCAAGGUUUCAAGUUUUCCAUACCGAAUGGUCAGAGAUGGGUGGAGAAGAGGCGGGCAAAUUUAUAACGGAUAGAAUCUGUAUGAAAUUGGGAUUCGUGGCAUUAGUUGACCUUCUUACCGUUCGAGACAAUGGUAACCUUUGUUGAACUGGACAGGAAAUAAAAGUUUUUGAUUGUAAUUCGUGAACAGGAUAGAUGAAUACUGUUACAUACCGAGAUUCUUUUUAACAAAGUUAAAUGUAGCGGUGAUUAUUUUAAAAUCAUAAUUUUUCUUUUUAGGUUAGAGGCUGUGCAAUAUGGUUGUUAUCCACUUUGUCCAAACAAGUUAGUUUAUCCUGAAAUAUUUCCUUGUGAGUAGAUACGCCGUUUAUUAAUCUAUUCCGUGCACCUCAUUGUUGGAAAGUAUAUCCACAUUUAACUAGAAUAAUAUUAUAUGUUAGAAUUUUAAAGCUAUGAUUCAGCAUCAGUUUUACGUGAAAAGCCGAGGGACAAAAUACGAAUUUUAUGUGACUUUGAUCAUUUGUCUUCUUUUCCUUUCCAGCAGAGUAUUUGUACUCAACACCUCAACAGUUAUCCAAGAAGCUACGAUACUUCUGUAGAAAUCCAAGACACGUGAGAUCUCACAACGUCGCAGUAAGUCAUUAA